GUUUGUUCACAGGGUGUCAAGUGAACUUUUUAUAUGGAAUUCUUUCCACCAUUUUUCCAAUGUACUCCACGGGUUUUUUAGCAGGGCGGGCUGCCCUGCCAAAAUUUAAGGUCGUGGAGAACACUGAUUUUUUAUUUCCUAGUCUGCCAUGUCCUUUUCCCUCCAUUCGUAAAUUGUGAUGAUUUCAACCUCUAUUAGAGAUGCCUGCUUCAGGUUUGGUGAUUUAUUAGAUGUCAGGAAAUAAACAGGGACCCCCCCCCAUUAUCUUUUAUUGAUUGCAAGACAUUGGAUUGACAAUUGUGGCUGUAACAUUUCAAAAAUACAUUUUAAUCCUUAUGAUGUUUAGCCUUCUGUCUGCUGUUUCAGAAAGCAAAAUGGACAAGGAGGCAGCGGAGUUAACACAGUUCCUGUCACAGGUUUUCCCUACUUUGGACGAUGAAAAUCUUCAAGAGAUCAUGAUUGAACUUGUUGACAAACUUGGAUGUGACGAAGUCAAAUAUCUGCAGCAUGCUACAGAGGAUGACCUGCCCUUCCUAAAACCGCUACGAAGAAGGAAACUUUUGGCUGCUAUUUCUGAAAGAUUUGCUGCUACCUCUGGCACAGAUCUCGAUGAAAGAAAUCUGUUGGAAGGUUCCAUGUCCUCACCAAGUACCAUUCCCGAUACGGAUCCUGAAGAAACCAGCAGCAGCUCUACUCCUGAAUCAGUCAAAUCGGAUUUCAGCAUCCCAUGGCAUAAAUUCUCACGCACUGUGACGAAAAAGUGUGCCAGUCGGAAGUGCCUUACUGCCUCAGAGACACGUGAAGUUAAGCGAAUUGUCAGUGAUGAAAUGUUGGGAGUGGGAGUUACUAAACGUGGAUCCAUUCGCAAGGCUGCCAAAGCCAUUUGUGACAGAUACCCUUGCUCCUUUGAAGACAGGGGUAUUGGAGGAACCAAACUGGGCAAUGGGUACCAGUCUCUCUUCUCUGGAAUAGAGAAUCGCAUUUACAAUGAGACUCAUAAGAUUCGCAAACGGAAAGCUGAGGUGCUGCAGUCAAAAGCUUCGGAUGACAGCACGAAGGGUACUGGUGACUUCGAUAUACGAGGUCAAUGCCCAGAUGGAGAAGAAAAAACAGCUGCAGAAUCUGAAAGAGCUACCUGA